AUGUCACACUUUACGUUUAGUUUCAAACGAAGAAUCUACUGGACCACAAACGGCAAAGUCUGUGAAGUAGCACUGCAGACAUCAGCCAGCUUGGAAGACCGUGUUGAAAGUCACGCUUUACCGGAACAGGCUGAGGACUCAGAUGCUGAUAUUCAACCCAGUGCAGGGGCGACACAGGUCCCAGAUCCCCCUGAAAGCCCAUUACAGGAGUUGCCUAUCUCCCCAUCUACACACAGGCACAGAGCGCAAGACAUCCCCCCUCCCCUACCUGAUGCAAGCUUCGCCAGACUGACCCUCACCCCAGCCCUGGGUCACAGACGCCUGGUCUUUAAUGGCUACAAGGUCAGCACCCGAAGGGCAAGCUCAGUAACCCACGGCGACCGCUUCGACGUCAGCCAGUGUAUGGCGGAGCAAGAAUUCAGCCAGGGUUGCCAUUACUGGGACGUGGACACAUCGGAGAGUGUGGGCUGGGCCGUGGGCGUGGCCUACCUGGGUAUGGGCCGACAGGAACAGCUGGGCCGCACCCCCAGCUCCUGGUGUGUGGAGUGGAGCACGAACAGACUCAGCUACUGGCACGACAACGUGGAGGACCCCCUCAAACAUGGCCGUCCUGAUUUAGUCCGAGUGGUCCUGGACAUGAGUAAUGGGACGUUGUCGUUCUACGGACUGUCCGCCGGGAAUACUCUGUUGCACUGUGUGCAGGAGGGCUUCUCUGAGCCAGUGAGGCCCGUGUUCUGGCUGUUUGGGCUGAAGGUCCCCAAUGUUCUGUCCUUCCCUGGGAAUCAGUAAACUCUCAAUGGGACUGUGUUUUUACAAAAGGUGGAGGGACUUUUUUUAUGGACAUUUGUCUGUUUCUGCUCAUCACUUUUUAACAUGAAUUAAAUAUACUUAAGAGGAUAUGAAAGUAAAUAUGAAUGAAUAAUCAAUAAAUGGAACACUGUCCAUCAAUGAAUAAUGCAGCCAUACGAGAAUUUUUUGUUAUACGAGU